GAAAUUGCCAUUGCAGCACUGAAGAACACUUUCUCUAAAGUGAGCCUCAGUAUGGACAGAAAGGAGGAGGAUGGUGUUCAGUAUCAGAAAAACAAAGGAUCUUUUCCAGAGGCCUGCAGUUUAAAGAGUGACGAAUCCAUGAGUCAAACACAAACGCUUCAAAGAUCCACCUGCAUACUUACAAAAGAUGAUCGUUCUGGAGAACUACAGCAGGAUUCUCACCUACAAGUAGAUGAUGAACUACAGAGAAUCAAAGACAAGCACAAAACCAUCGCGAAGAGCAAGUAUGAGGGAUUGUUUGAGAUCAUCAAUGUACAAAGGAAUCAAACUCUCCUGAACAAGUGCUUCACACAAUUCUACAUCGUAGAAAGAGAUAGUGAAGGAGUAAAUGAAGAACAUGAGUUUUUACGCAUGGAGAGAUUACCCAGAUUACAGCGCUCACAGGACAAUCCAAUCUGUUGCAUUGACAUCUUUAAACACCCACCUGACCCAGAACUUGAUGAGAAAGACCAGAUCAAGACGGUUCUUACCAAAGGCAUCGCUGGAAUUGGAAAAACCAUCUCUGUGCAGAAGUUCAGUCUGGAUUGGAGUGAAGGGAAAGCCAAUCAGGAUGUAGAUUUUGUGUUUGUGCUUCCAUUUCGAGAGCUGAACUUGAUUAAAGAUCAUCAGUACAGUCUUCACAGACUUUUACUCAAGUUUCAUCCUGAACUUCAGGAUCUGGAGCCCAAGAUUUAUGAGCAGUGUAGAGUUGUGUUCAUCUUUGAUGGUCUUGAUGAAAGCAGAAUCACACUGAUGUUUUUAGAUGAGGAGAAAGUUUGUGACGUGAAUGAAUCUUCAUCAGUUGGUGUGUUGAUAUCAAGCAUCCUAAAAGGAGAUCUGCUUCCAUCUGCUCUCAUCUGGAUCACCUCCAGACCAGCAUCAACCAGUCAGAUCCCCUUCAAAUACAUCAACCGUUUGACAGAGAUUCAGGGAUUCACUGACCCUCAGAAGGAGGAAUAUUUCCGGAAGAGAAUCAGUGAUGAAGAUCAAGCCAACAGAAUCAUCUCUUACAUCAGAAGAGUAAAUAGCCUCCACAUCAUGUGCCACAUACCCAUCUUCUGCUGGAUGUCAGCCACUGUGGUUCAGAAGCUCCUGGAAGAAGAUCGGAGUGCGGAAAUCCCUCAAACUCUGACUGAAAUGUACAUCAAUUUCUUGCUAUUUCAAAUCAACAAGAUGAACCAGAAGCAUGAAGAAAGAGACCCUGAGAAACUCCUGCAGUCCAACAGAGAUGUGAUUGUAAAAGUUGCCAAACUGGCUUUCCAACAGCUGAUGAAGGGCAAUGUGAUGUUCUAUGAGGAAGACCUGAUUGAGAGCGGCAUAGACGUCAAUGACACUUCGGUGUGUUCUGCGAUUUGCCCUGAGAUCCUUCAGGAGGAAACUGUUCUUCAUCAGAGGAAAGUCUACAGCUUCAUCCAUCUGACCUUUCAGGAGUUUUUGGCUGCCUUCUAUAUUUUCCACUCCUAUGUAACGAGAAACAUGGAGCACAUGGACUGUUUUCUAGACGAGAGAAACAAGGUUAAACUGAGUCGAUCAAAAAUCUGUUUGUUUCUGCUACUAAAAUUAGUAGUUUCUAAAACUCUUCAUACUGAAAGUGGACACUUGGAUCUUUUCAUGCGGUUCCUGUUGGCCAUUUCGCAGGAGUACAAUCAGAUCCUUUUAGAGGAUCUACUGCCACGCACAGAGUACAGCUCAAGUACUAUCAGGGAUUAUCUCCGGCACAUUAAAACCCUAAUGACAGGAUAUUACUGCAUUUCUGACAACAAAUCCAUGAGUCUGUUCUUCUGUUUGCUGGAAAUGAAGGAUCAGAGUCUAUACGUGGAGGUUGAGAAGCUUGUAAAAUCAGGCGAACAUUCAAAGAACAGACAGUCUCAGGCUGUCUUCUCAGCAGUAGGCUACAUGCUUCAGAUGUCUGAGGAUGUGCUGGAUGAGUUUGAGCUCAUGAAAUACAAUAUAUUAGAUGAUGAUCGGAAGAGACUGUUACCAGCUCUAGCGAACUGCAGAAAAGCUCUACUUGGAGGAUGUUGCUUCUCUGAUCAACAGUGUCCAAGUUUGGCUUCGGCUCUACAAUCAUCAAACUCCCAACUAAGAGAGCUGGACCUGAGUAACAAUGACCUGCAGGAUUCAGGAGUGAAGCUGAUCUCUGCUGGACUGAAGAGUUCACACUGUCGACUCAACGUACUGAGACUUGCGGGAUGUCAACUCUCUGAUCAGAGCUGUGACCGUUUGUCUUCAGCUCUACAAUCCUCUAAUUCACCUCUGAGAGAGCUGGACCUGAGUAACAAUGACCUGCAGGAUUCAGGAGUCAAGCGGCUCUCUGCGGGACUGAAGAGUUCACACUGUCAACUCAACACACUGAGAUUGGCCCUAUGUAAUCUCACUGGUCAGACCUGUAAAAGUUUGGCUUCGGUUCUACAAUCAUCAAACUCCCAACUAAGAGAGCUGGACCUGAGUAACAAUGACCUGCAGGAUUCAGGAGUGAAGCUGAUCUCUGCUGGACUGAAGAGUUCACACUGUCGACUCAACAUACUAAGAUUGUCUGGCUGUAUGGUGACAGAGGACGGCUGUGGCUUUCUGUCUUCAGCUCUGAGUUCUAACCCCUCACACCUGAGAGAGCUGGAUCUGAGCUACAAUCAUCCAGGAGAUUCAGGAGUCAAGCUGCUCUCGGAAAAACUGGAGGAUCCAAACUACACACUGGACAAGCUCAAUGUGGAAAAUGGAGGAGAGUUCAGGAUUACAGCAGGACUACAUAAAUAUUUCCAUUUUCUGACACUGGAUCCAAACACAGCGAACACCAAUCUCAUUCUGUCCGAGGAGAACAGAAAGGCCACAUAUGUGGAAGAGAAUCAACCAUAUCCGGAUCUUCCUGAGAGAUUUGACAAGCGUCCUCAUGUCCUGUCUAGAGAAGCACUGCCUGGACGCUGCUACUGGGAGACUGAAUGGACCGGACAGGCCGAUCUAGCCAUCACAUACACAGGAAUAGGCAGGAAAGGAAAGGAUGCUGACUGUGUGUUUGGAUUCAAUGAUAACUCCUGGUGUCUGAUCUGCUCCGACGACACAUUCGGACUUUGGUACGGUUAUAACCACAUUGACACGCGUGUGUCCGCAGGCUCCUGCAAGAGAGUAGGAGUGUAUGUGGACGAGUCGGCCGGCUCUGUGUCGUUCUACAGUGUCUCUGACACGCACACGCUCACACACAUAUACUCAUUCACCUCCACGUUCACUGAACCACUCUAUGCCGGAUUUGGGUUCAUGGUUCAUGACUUGAACUCCACAGUGACUCUGUGUCCGAUGAACAAACCUGUAAGCAACAACACAGAAGUCACAAAAUAAUAAGUCUACACUGACCUACUUAUAGCCGACACGGUGGCUCAGUGGUUAGCACCGUCGCCUCACAGCAAGAAGGUCGCUGGUUCGAGUUGGCAUUUCUGUGUGGAGUUUGCAUGUUCUCCCUGUGUUGGCGUGGGUUUCCUCCGGGUGCUCCGGAUUCCCACACAAUCCAAACACAUGCGCUAUAGGGGAAUUGAGGAAACUAAGUUGGUCGUAGUGUAUGAGAGUGUAUGGGUGUUUCCCAGUGCUGGGUUGCAGCUGGAAGGGCAUCCGCUAUGUAAAACAUAAGCUUGAUAAGUUGAUGUUUUGUUUCGCAGUGGUGACCCCAGAUUAAUAAGGGAUAAAUCCAAAGGAAUAUGAAACGGUAUUCAAUACGUCACCGAUACGUCACAACUUAACAAGCGGAUACUCGGCUGUAAACCAAAACGGAAAAUGGUUUGUAAGAAAUAGUUGAUUAUUAUUUUAUUUAAUAAUAUAAAUAAUUUUGUUAAGACUUUUUAAAUGUAACUCAUUAACUAAAUUAUAUUGAUUAAAAAAACAAGGCCUUUUAAGUGUUUUCUAUAGUUUUAAUUUUAUUAACCGUGAACCAGUCGAUAGGGGUCAUUUUACCAGUAUUGCCAUGACAGCACAGUAGCGCUAUUGCAAGCAGCAGGAACAAAUAUGCUACAUAGAUAUGUCCUGUCGGCACAUUAUUUGAGUGGACUUUGUUUUUACGGUGCGCAGAGUAUUAAGCUAGUUUUAUCUUUGAUCGUAGCGCAUGCGCAAGCUAUUCAAUUGUGCGCUCUGCUACUCACGCAACAACCUGGCUUUGCGCAGCACAAGCCAUUGAAAUGAAUGGGUUUCAUAGCGGCGCAACAUAGCUCUUAAUUUAAAAAAAACACCAAAACUGCAAUUUUAAAAAUUGGUUCAUCCCUAUAAACAUAUAGAUGAAAAUAUUACAUAUGAUUAAGAUGAUUUCUGGGGCUUGGAUGAGCCUAUGUUAUCAGUUUGUAAUUAAAGUGCCUUCGAAUGUGGUAAUUGACCAAUCAGAAUCAAGUAUUCCAGACAGCUGUGUGUAUGUAUACUGUGUAUAAAUACUGCAAAUUCAGUCAUUUAAAUGUUUGGGCUUGUUUGAUUUUGCACUACAUUCAGAGUUAUGGUUAAAAUAAUAUUGUUCUUGAAAUAAAUAACA